AUGGAAGUAACAGUACCAGAUGAUGUCAAAAAUACUCUAUUAGAAACUUUGGAUAUCCCAUUCGAAAAAUUUAAUAAAUUAAAAUCAUCUAAUGAAGCUGAAUCAAACACAUUGAAUGAUCCACAAGAUAAUCUUUCAUUGGAAUUGGAUUUGAAUAUUUUCAAAUAUUCAUUAAAAUUGAUUUAUGGAUUACGAUGGGCUAUUCAUUUAGACUAUUUAGAUGAUAUUCAUAGAAAGAGAUUUGAUAAUGAAAAUCUUUAUUUCAUUCAAUUGAUCAAAUCAUACAAGAACUCUCUAAGGGGGGACUCAAAGGAGACCGACAUUGAUAAUCGUUUCAAAUUAACCAUCAUUGCUAUCAUUUUUGCUUAUUUCUUAAUUAUACCAAAUUUACAACAUAUUAUAAUGAAUGAUGAAACAUUGGAAUGCCUAAAAGAGUUUUUAAAUGAUAUUGGUACAAACGAGUCAUAUUUGAAUAAGAUUGAUUUGAAUACAAAUGGUGAUUCCAUUAUUGGUCCAUAUACUUUAAUAAAAUUUUUAAAUGUCAAUGAUUAUGAUAUUACAGUGUCUCCAAUUACCAAUUUAAUAUGUGAUGAAGGUUUCCAAAAAAAUUUAGAUUAUUACAAAUUACCAAUUAAUGGUUCGUUUAUUAACCAUUGGUUACCAAAUAUUAUUAAUAAUCAAUUCAUCAAACAAAAGAUCGAUUUAUUAGGUUUAAAUGAUCUUGAUGGUUCUAAUGAAACAAUUGAACCUAAUGAAAAUAUUCUAUUAGAUAAUGAUGAAUUGAAAUUGAAAUUUUUAUCAAAUUUAAUUAUUGACGAUUCUUUAGCUGAAUUAUUUAUUGCUAUUUCCAAGGAUAAAAAUUUCCCCAAAGAUUGGUCAAUAAGUUUUGAUGCCAAUUUAAAUUCUAAUUUAAGUUCCAAUAAAAUCAUGUUUUAUUAUGUUUAUAAAUUAGCCAAACGAAUCAUAAUGUUCCCCAAAUUAAUUCCUCAACCAAUUUAUGAUAAUUGUUUUGAUGAAAUUAUUGGUUCUGAUGAUCAAUUUAAAUCCCUAGAAUUCCAAUUUAAAGUAUUAAUGGAAUUAAUAGACCAUCCUGAAAUUGAUUAUUUAACAAAUGGUAAUAGAUUAAUUAAAUUAUUAUCCCUUGCAUUAUUAAAGAUAGAUUCGUUAACCACUUUAACUAUUCAUAAAGAAUUGAAUAAAUUAUCUCCUACUCAAUCCAUCUUAUCCAUUUUGAACGUGGCUAAUUUAUUGUUAACUAAAUUUUUAAUUCAACAACAACAAAAUACCAUUCAUGAUAUUACUUUAUCAAUGAUUCCUAAUUGGUUCAAUUCAAGCAUCAUUCCAUCCAUCCCACCAAUCUCACAAUCAUUAUUUUUAUUUAAAGAAAAUAGUCAAUUUGAAACAAGACAAUUUGAAAUUAAUAAUAAUAAAGAAACUUUCCAAUUGAUCAAACAAUCCAUAGGUUUAAUUUUAAAGAUUAUUAAUAAUUUAAUCAAACAAUAUGACUCGUUAUCAAUUGAUAUAAUUGAAAGUACCUCUUUUGGUGAUGAAGAACAGAAUGGUAAAUUCCAAAACAAUAUUGAAUAUAAUAUAAGACAACAGUUUUUCGAAUUAUUCUUUAUUCCAAUCUUUACAAAUUUAACUUAUUUAGAAAACGAAAGUAUCAUAUCAAGGAAUUCAAAUGAACUAUCAAGUGAUAAUAUUAAUAUUUUUGUUCUCUCUAUAAAAGUCAUUGAAAAUUUAAUAUUAAUUGAUGAAAAUCUAACAAUCAAUUAUCUUUUAAAUUUUAUAUCAAAGAUAUCUGCAGAAGAUUUAAAUUUACAAAAAAAUUCUAUUAAAUUAUUAAACCAUUUAUUUUUCCAUAAUAAUAAUCCAAAUUUCCAAAAAAAAUUAAAAGAAAUUUUCGAAUUUGAGAAUAAUUUAUCCAUAAAUGUCUUGAAAAAUUUUAUAAACGUUUGGAAUGAUGGUAGUGAAAAUUAUACAAAAUUCUAUACUGAAAUCUUCAAAGAAGAUCAACCAAUCGUUGCCAUAGAGGAAACCUCUAUUGAUCAAUUGAUUGGUAAUAUCAUCGAGUAUGAUUCUGCUCCAUCUACUGCAUCUUUACUUAACAACAUUGGGAUGAAUAUGAAUGAAUAUGAUCAACAGAGUAGCCUUAUGAGCAAUGCUCAAAGCAGUUCCACCACUCUAAGUAGUCAAGAUCAACAUAUAAACAAGCCUAUCCCCUUAUACGCAAAUACAAAUCUAAAUAGUGCAAACACCUCUACUGCACAAACACCAACUAGAUAUAAUCCAUAUUCUACAUCAUCAUUCAUACCGAAUAAUAAGAAUGGCUCUACUAAUAGCAAUAAUAACAAUAACCACAACAACAACAAUAACAACAACAACAACAACAACAACAACAACAACAACAACAACAACAAUAAUAAUACUAACAAUACCACUACUAAUAAUAACAUUAAUAAUAACAAUAACAAUUCCAACCUGAAUUCCAAGGGGCAAGGUAUCAAUGGACGUAUAGUAGCCACCGGGAAAAAUUACAUACUGGGGACUACUCCUGUCAAUAGCGGGACUGGAAGUAGUAACUACGCUAGAAAUUCCAGCCGUGCUCAAUCGGUACACAUCGAUGAUUUCGAAAGACAACAACAAUGA